CAUUUCCGGCAGCGCUGCUUCCGGUUCCUCGCACGAAUUCGUCGCCCCGGCUCCGGCCGCCGCCGCCGCCAACAUGAAGGACGUGCCGGGCUUCCUGCAGCAGAGCCAGAGCUCGGGGCCCGGCCAGGCCGCCGUGUGGCACCGCCUGGAGGAGCUCUACAACAAGAAACUCUGGCAUCAGCUGACUCUGCAGGUGUUGGACUUUGUGCAGGACCCCUGCUUUGCCCAAGGAGAUGGACUCAUUAAGCUUUAUGAGAAUUUCAUCAGUGAGUUUGAGCACAGGGUGAACCCUUUGUCCCUAGUAGAGAUCAUUCUUCAUGUAGUGAGGCAGAUGACAGAUCCUAAUGCAGCCCUUACCUUCCUGGAAAAGACUCGAGAAAAGGUGAAAAGCAGUGAUGAAGCUGUGAUUCUGUGUAAAACAGCCAUAGGGGCUCUGAAGUUAAAUAUUGGGGAUCUACAGGUUACAAAGGAGACCAUAGAGGAAGUUGAAGAGAUGCUGAACAAUCUUCCUGGAGUGACUUCUGUUCACAGCCGUUUCUAUGACCUCUCCAGCAAAUACUACCAGACAAUUGGGAAUCAUGCCUCUUAUUAUAAGGAUGCACUGCGGUUUCUGGGUUGUAUCGAUGUUAAGGAUCUUCCAGUAUCAGAGCAACAGGAGAGAGCCUUUACCUUGGGACUGGCAGGUCUCCUGGGAGAAGGAGUUUAUAACUUUGGCGAGUUGCUUAUGCACCCUGUUCUGGAAUCUUUAAGGAACACUGACAGGCAGUGGCUGAUUGACACACUUUAUGCCUUCAACAGUGGCAACGUAGAGAAAUUUCAGGCUCUCAAGACAGCAUGGGGCCAGCAGCCAGACUUGGCUGCAAAUGAAACACUUCUCCUGCAGAAGAUCCAGCUGUUGUGCCUCAUGGAGAUGACUUUUACACGACCAGCCAAUCAUAGACAGCUCACUUUUGAAGAGAUAGCUAAAAGUGCCAAAGUCACUGUGAAUGAGGUGGAACUGUUGGUGAUGAAAGCACUCUCAGUCGGGUUAGUAAAGGGCAGUAUUGAUGAAGUUGAUAAGAGGGUGCACAUGACAUGGGUCCAACCACGAGUGCUGGAUUUACAACAGAUCAAGGGGAUGAAGGACCGUCUGGAGUUCUGGUGUACAGAUGUGAGGAGUAUGGAGAUGCUUGUAGAGCACCAAGCCCAUGAUAUCCUGACGUAGAGGACCUUGCACUGCCUGAGGGAGUACCUUCUGCUGCUGAAGUGGCAGCACCCAGACCACUGACUCUGUACUGAAUUAUAUUAAAAAUUGGGGGGAGGGUUGGGGAAGAGGGAAAGAACUACUUUUUGAUGCUUGUACAGAGAAGCAAGUGGCCUUUGCUGCGUAACCCUUUGCUUGGAGUCAGGAAUUCCCUGUAUGUUAACACACUUAGAACUGACCAUGGGAGCUCCCAUCCUGCUGUCACCAAAUGGGGAAAAGGGCUACGUAAUGGUUUUAGUGUCAGGUUUUUGUAGCCAUUAACUGCCUCCUGCACAAGCUAAAUGGGUAGCUGUCAUAGCCCUCUAGUGAGGUGGUGAAAACUUCUCUACAUAAAUAUUUUUAUAGGGAGGUGCUACAUACCACUGUCAGGCAUUGCAGACAUGGUGAUUAGCUUCAGUAGAGCAUGACUUCCCUGGAAGCCCAUCCUCCCAACAGCAUUACUGACACCAUCUCCCUAUUGUCCCUUCAGUUGGUAAUGCCCCCUCAGUUGGUAGCAGAGGGAGCUGCUCACUCCAUUGAAGGGUUUUCCAGGAAUAAAAUUGUUAACUUGGUGGAUUUGUUUUUAUAUCCUUUUGGGGGUUGUUCUUGUCUUUUACAAACACUUUAUUCUGAAGUGUGGUGCAGCAAUAUUGCUGGAAUAAACUCUACCUUCCCCUUCCUGUA